AUGCACGCACUCUUGCUCCAGAAUGGUAAAAAAAUGCCUUUCUAUUUUAUUCAGCUAAAUUCAAUUAUAUUCUUACUAUAAAAUCAUAGAAUAUAAAAUAAUGGCACAGGACUUAUAAGCCUGUCUUGUUUGCUAAAUGAACAAGCUUACAGCCUAUCUAUGGCAUGGCGCAUAGCCAGAUAACAUACAGUAGGACAACUCAUUUUCUGUUCUUCUGAAAUACAUUUUCGUCAAAGUGCAGUAUUUAUUUAGUUUCAUAGCACAAACGUACCCAUUAUGUUAGCAUGUUUCUCACACUGGCUUUAGCCAUGGAGGGAGCAGGCAACUAUUACCUAGCAACACGCUUCCCUCCUUUCAUAUUUCACCCAAUCGCCCAAUUACUGACCACAACCACACAACUGCUGACCGCAAUUACUGACCACAACCAGAAAACGACUGACCACACCUACUGACCACAACAACACAACUACUGAACACAAUUCCUGACCACAACUACUGACCACAAACACACAACUACUGACCAUAUUCACUUUCCACAACUAUUGACCACAAUCACAAAAGUGACCACACAACUACUGAACCACAUAACUACUGACCACAACUACACACCUACUGACCACAACUACUGGCCACAACUACACAACUACUGACCACAAUCACUGACCAGAAUCACUUACCACAACUACUGACCACAACCACACAACUAGUGACCACACAACUACUGACCACAGCUACUGCACACAACUCCUGACCACAACCCCACAACAACUGACCACAGCUAUGGACCACAACCACACAACUACUGACCACAACCACACAACUACUAACCAUACAACUACUGCCCACAACUACUGACCACAACCACACAACUACUGAACCACACAAGAACUGACCACUACUGACAACAACCGUGCCCUAUUUACUCUGACCAGAACUACUGACCACAACCACACAACUACUUACCAAAAUCACUGACCACAACUACUGUCCACAACCACACAACUAGUGACCGCACCACUACUAUAACGUUUUUCAAAACAUACAUACUUUAAAACUGCAUUAAAUAGUAAAAACUUCUAUCACUACCACCAUUUUUUUAAAAGAGUUAAAGCAAGUCCUACCAAUUGUAUUUAAUGUUAGCAUUUUAGAAUCUGAGAGUAAAUGGAGCCAAAUAUAUUGAAAAAAGUCAUCUUGUCUGAGAGAGAUUUACACGGUUAUCAAAACGUCACGCCAGGGAAAGCCUAUAUGAAACACAUACCUUUUUUGAAGUGGUUCUAAAAUCCCCUAUGGUAAAAAAUGAAUGGUGAAAAAUUAUUGGAACUAUUUCCGUGUUUGACCGGAAGGUUUUAAGGGUAUUAUGACUCGUCCACUGUGGGGCUCUAUUAUGCGUUAAAUUUAUAUGUAUUUUUUCUUCAUAAUUCCCACUGAAUAAGGACCACAGACAAUCCUAGACUAAGCCUACAGACAAUCGAUAGAGUAAAAUUGAAAUAUAAUUUUAUUUAACUUCUGGUGGACUUUUCAGUUGUUUUGCAAGCUAAUUCCCAGCAACACUAGUGUGUAAAAACUAGUGUCGCUAAUAAUGCUGUGCGAUUAACCGAAAUGUUGGUUAUUCUUCGAUUUUUAAACAACUAAUUGACCGAAGGUGGAUGAAUUAUUUGAAUUUCGUUUAGGUUUUUCUCAUUCGGGUUCACUGCGCAGUUUCUCUAGAGAUAAAUCAGAUCAAGCCCGAACUGUGCGAUGUAGUAGGGAGUUGUAGUUUCCAACAGGCCAAUAUUCUACAUAGUUUAGCUCAGAAAAUUUAAUUAACUACAAUGACCAUAAUCCAUUGCGUGCCUACUUGUCUGGUCAGUGUGGGGGGAGACACGGAGAAGGAGAGAAGAGACAGAAGAUAGGCGAUCGAGAGGGAUAGAGAGCAGUUGUUUCGAGGUAUCUCUACUUGAAAAUACAGCUAAGUGAUUGAUAGUUGGUAUUCAGCAGUCAUAAAAGUAUGCCUUAUUUACUUUGAAGAACUACUAAAAUAGUGACCAGACAGCAUAGGCAGCAGCUGAGAUGACAUGGAAUGAAAUAAUAAAGUAAUCAAAUCAAAAUGUAUUUGUCACAUGCUUCGUUAACAACAGGUGUAGACUUACAGUUAAAUGCUUAAGGGCCAUUCCCAACAAUGCAAAAAAAUAAAAGAAUGAAAUAAUAGAAAAAGAAUAACAUAAGGAAUAAAUACACAAUGAGUAAUGAUAACUUUGCUAUAUAUACCAGGUACCAGUACCGAGUUUAUGUGCAGGGGUACGAGGUAAUUGAGGUAGACAUAUAGGUAGGGAUGAAGUGACUAGGCAACAGGAUAGAUAAUAAACAGCAAGAGCAGCAUAUGUGAUGAGUCUAAACACUUCUACAUUAAUGUGGAUGCUACCAUGAUUACGGAUAGUCCUGACUGAAUCGUGAAUAAUGAUGAGUGCGAAGUAAUAGGACGCACAAAUAUCAUACCCCCAAGACAUGCUAACCUCUCACUAUUACAAUAACAGGGGAGGUUAGCAUUUUUUUUGGGGGGGGGUAUGAUACAGUAUAUGAGUGUCUAACCUUCUCACUAAUUAUUAUUCACGAUUCAUUCAGGGCUAUCCAUAAUCCGGUGCUUAAUUUGUCAAUCGGGAUGUGCCGGGGGUUCUGGAAAGAAACAGUCCAAAACGGAGAGCUGCUGGAUCCUGUUCCGGCAGAAUCCGGCUAAAAUUAAGCAUUUCCGUAAUCAUGGCAGCAUCCACAUUAAUGUAGAAGUGUUUAGAAGCAUAUUAUAUUAUUCUUUACAAUAAAAGUGACUCCAAAAUGACACAAUACAUUAUUUGCCAUUCAUUUCUUUUGGGCACAAAAUCAUCUGAAACACAUCCAAAAUAAACAGCAAAUGCAUCCAACAAGUUCGACCUCCCGAGUGGCGCAGUGGUCUAAGGCACCUAAAGGACUCUGACCAUGAGAAACAAGAUUAGUCUCCCAGUCCCUGACGCUGAAAAACAUCCCCACAGCAUGAUGCUGCCACCACCAUGCUUCCCAUGUGGGGAUGGUAUUGGCCAGGUGAUGAGCGGUGCCUGGUUUCCUCCAGACGGAACGCUAGGCAUUCAGGCCAAAGAGUUCAGUCUUGGUUUCAUCAGACCAGAGAAUCAUGUUUCUCAUGGUCUGAGAGUCCUUUAGGUGCCUUUUGGCAAACUCCAAGCGGGCUGUCAUGUGCCUUUUUACUGAGGAGUGGCUUCCGUCUGGUUACUCUACCAUAAAGGCCUGAUUGAUGGAGUGCUGCAGAGAUGGUUGUCCUUCUGGAAGGUUCUCCCAUCUCCACAGAGGAACUGUGGAGCUCUGUCAGAGUAUAUAUAUAGUGGGAUCUAUUUGCGCAUAAAGGCAUUUCCACUGCUAUUUCUCGCAUAAUUAAUUUCACAGACAUAAAGAUCACACUAUGUCGAACGAACAAAUUAUCUAUCGGCAUUUAUAAAAUUGUUCCGAAACGUCCUGUUUCCAUCACAGCUGUCAUGAUUAUUAUUAUUUUCAUACAGUAUGACUUUACUUGCAUAAAAACUGUGGAUGGAAACAUGGUUAAUGUCACUGAUACAUUAUCAGUGUGUCCUUGGCCCAGUCUGGCGUCAAACUUCAACCACCAUUCAAUACUGGCAGUUAAACAGGUCAAAGUUAGGAACAUCAGUACUUAGUUACAACAGAUAAUGAUAAAAUAUACUAAAUUAAUUAAGUUAACAUUUAUACAUUUACAUAUUUACAUUUUAGUCAUUUAGCAGACGCUCUUAUCCAGAGCGACUUACAGGAGCAAUUAGGGUUAAGUGCCUUGCUCAAGGGCACAUUUACGUCAUUUAGCAGACGCUCUUAUCCAGAGCGACUUACAAAUUGGUGCAUUCACCCUAUAGCCAGUGGGAUAACCACUUUACACUUUUUUUUAUUUUUAUUUUUUUAUAUCUUUUUUUUUUUGGGGGGGGGGGGGGGGUGGAAGGAUUACUUUAUCCUAUCCCAGGUAUUCUUUAAAGAGGUGGGGUUUCAAAUGUCUCCGGAAGGUGGUGAGUGACUCCGCUGUCCUGGCGUUGUGAGGGAGCUUGUUCCACCAUUGGGGUGCCAGAGCAGCGAACAGUUUAAGUACCAAAUGUAACUCUUGUUUCCUUUCCCCCAAUGGAAUGCAUCUGUCUGCAUCUCCGCGCACAUACCAUCAUAUUUAUUACAUAGCAAUCCAUAUCAACAAUAAAUAAAAUAGAGGAAAAUAAUUAAUCAAAUAAUUUCCCAUUAAAGCAGUGGUUCCCAACCUUUUUCGUUUAAUAUACCACCAACUGAAUUUUGCUUGUCCUGGAGUACCCCUGAAGUACCCCCUCGUGCAUUUGAUCAGCUAGCCUAUGGUCUCAUGAGUCUUCUCAAGUCCCCCUGUGAAUAGGCCUAGUACCCCUGGUUGGCAACCACUGCAUUACAGCAUAGAAUGCAAUAUGUUUUGGGUGUCCCAUGUUAUCCCCUUGCAAGUAAUUGUAAAGGUUUAGGUCUGGAAUAUGCUAAAUGUAGUAUGUUGGUAAAUGCUGUUUGGUUUAAUUAAUUUUGUGGUUAUUUCUCCAGGUGACCUACCAGCUGAAAAUCCUGACCACAACCCUUUUCUCUGUGCUGAUGGUGCGAAAGAGCCUAUCGAGGAUUCAGUGGGUGUCGCUGGGGUUGCUAUCGUACAAGUGGAGCAGGAAGGAAAACAGAAGGAGACUACAGUCACUAGACUGAGCCAGAACUAUGCCAAAGGACUGGUGGCAGUGAUAGUGUCCUGCCUCUCCUCUGGCUUUGCUGGAGUGUACUUUGAGAAAAUCCUUAAGGGCAGCUCAGCCUCUGUGUGGAUGAGGAACAUCCAGCUAGGCAUAUUUGGAACUGUACUAGGCCUGUUGGGGAUGUGGUGGAACAAUGGACUUGCCAUUGCAGAGAAAGGCUUCCUGUUUGGGUACACACCCAUGGUGUGGGGCGUCAUCUUCAACCAGGCUUUUGGGGGCUUACUGUUGGCAGUGGUAGUGAAGUACGCAGAUAACAUCCUGAAGGGGUUCGCCACCUCCUUUUCCAUCAUAGUCUCCACUGUAGUCUCUGUCUACCUCUUUGGGUUCCACGUGGACCUCCUUUUCACGCUGGGUGCUGGUCUGGUCAUUGGAGCCAUCUAUAUGUACAGUCUGCCCAGAGCAUCUGCUCCCUCCCCCUCUACUGUUACCCUUUCAUCUUCUAGCCACAAUCUGUCCGACGGCAAAAUUGACACUUUCCUCUCAAAGACAGUCCUGUUGAAAUGA